CUUCCGAGUGAACGCCCCAGGAACCGGAACGGGAGCUUUUGCUGCCCAGGGAAAAACGAAAGCAAGGGCUGCCAACGGGUCUUUCUCUUGCUGGCUGGAGCGGAGCUGCCUUUCUCCAGAAGAGAAGGAGGAAGAAGGCAGCAAGGCAUGGCUGGGGAGAAGGAGCCAGGAGGGACCCUCCGGGAGGUGCUGCAGAGCCGCCUCCAGGCUUUGGGCAUCGAGGCAGUCACUGUGGAGCACCCAGAAGUGUUUACAGUCGAAGAAAUGAUGCCAUAUGUGCAGCAUUUGGAAGGGGCCCACAGCAAAAACCUUUUUCUAAAAGAUAAGAAGAAGAAAGGGUUGUUUCUGGUGACAGUUCUGCACAACCGACAAAUCAAUUUAAAUGACUUGGCGAAGAAACUGGGCGUCGGAAGUGGGAACCUGCGCUUUGCCGACGAAGCGGCCAUGUUGGAUAAGCUGAAGGUCGGCCAGGGAUGUGCCACCCCCUUAGCGCUUUUCUGCGACCAGGGAGAUGUGAAGUUUGUGCUGGAUGAUAGCUUUCUGAAUGGGGGUCACAAUUGGUUGUAUUUUCACCCAAUGACAAAUGCAGCAACCAUGGGAUUACAUCCAGAUGACUUCCUAAAAUUUCUGAAGUCCACAGGACAUGAACCCACCCUUGUACACUUUGAUGAAAGUGACAAAUAGCCUUUGGGACACUCAUUUUUGUCUGGGGGCCUUUGCAUUUGUAUUGAAAAUUCAGAAAUAUAAAUUAUGCUUAUCACUCUUGGAA